AUGAUCCAACUUCCGUUCAACUUGAUUUCGGAAGUUGGAUCGACUUCCGUCGCGAGGCUGAACGUCGCCUGCGCCGCACCAGCAAAUUCCAGCCCUGCUGUCAGGCCGCAGCGACAAGAGGCGUCGCUCGUGGCAUCAUGGAGGAAGGCGCGCGUCGCCAGACCGGUGGUGCUCAGUGCCAGCGCGCAGGUGCAGGCCGCUCCCCGCGUGUCUGCACCCUCCGUAGCGGUGAAGGCAUCAGCAGGAUCUGCUGACGAGGCGGGCGUCAAGUACCACUUCGUGGUGGCGAACGCGACGUUCAUGCUGGACGAGGAGGAGCACUUUCAGGAGCAGCUCAAGGAGCGGCUACGGUGGCUGCACGAGAAGGGCAUGGAGCAGAACUUCUGGCUCGUCUUCGAGCCCAAGUUCCUCGAGGAGUUCCCCGAGAUCGCCAAGCGCGUCAAGAGACCCGCCGUUGCUCUCGUCUCCACUGACGCUACCUGGAUCACGUUCAUGAAGCUGCGCCUGGACCGCGUACUCAAGGGCGAGUUCGAGGCGAGCUCACAGGACGACGCAUUGGAGGGCAAGCCCUUUGACAUCUCCUUCCCCAAGCCCGCCAACUGGGUCGCGCCCUACCCUAAAUACGAGCCCACCUGGUGGAAGCCCUAUGCCCCAGCCAAGUAUGCCAAGUCAAAUGGCUCUGCCAUCGGUGCCUGCAUGCGCUUCUCCGCGUCUUCCCCUCCCCAUCGUGCUCCCUUCCCCUCCCCCCGUCGCGCUCCCUUCCCCUCCCCGUCGCGCUCCCUUCCCCUCCCCGUCGCGCUCCCUUCCCCUCCCCGUCGCGCUCCCUUCCCCUCCCCGUCGCGCUCCCUUCCCCUCCCCGUCGUGAUCCCUUCCCCUCCCCGUCGUGAUCCCUUCCCCUCCCCGUCGUGCUCCCUUCCCCUUACCGUCGUGCUCCCUUCCCCUUACCGUCGUGCUCCCUUCCCCUCCCCGUCGUGCUCCCUUCCCCUCCCCGUCGUGCUCCCUUCCCCUCCCCGUCGCGCUCGUUACGCUUGCCCGCCGCCCUCGCUUUCUCUGAAUGUCGCCCACGUUGCCUCUGCCCCACGUCCUCAAUUGACAUGCUACCUCUGCUCCUUCCCUCUCUUCCCACCCUCCAGUCACCUCUCUUUUCUAUCUCUCUCCAAGCUUCCACUCCCGCUCCCGCUGUUUUACCCUCCGUCCCUAUGCGGUGUCCCCCUUUCCCUACAAUCUGCUUUCCCCCUCCCCCCUUACUCCAUUUCUUCUGAUUUCUUCCCUUCCCCCUCUUCGCCUCUCCUUCCCUCCCUCGCUGUCCCUCUCUAUUCGACUCUCUUCCCUUCCCUCUCUGCUGGCCCCUUCUCUCCUUUCCCUCUCAGCCCCUCUUCUCCUUUCCCUCUCAGCCCCUCUCCUCCUUUCCCUCUCAGCCCCUCUCCUCCUUUCCCUCUCAGCCCCUCUCCUCCUUUCUCUCUCAGCCCCUCUCCUCCUUUCCCUCUCAGCCCCUCUCCUCCUUUCCCUCUCAGCCCCUCUCCUCCUUUCUCUCUCAGCCCCUCUCCUCCUUUCCCUCUCAGCCCCUCUCCUCCUUUCUCUCUCAGCCCCUCUCCUCCUUUCCCUCUCAGCCCCUCUCCUCCUUUCCCUCUCAGCCCCUCUCCUCCUUUCCCUCUCAGCCCCUCUCCUCCUUUCCCUCUCAGCCCCUCUCCUCCUUUCCCUCUCAGCCCGUCUCCCUGCACAUGA